AUGGACAAUAUUGAUUUACUAGUCUUCCGGGGCCUUGGUCUCCAAAUUAAUGACUUAGGAUUUAGAGAAAAUCAUUGCUUUGCUGUUGCUUCCGCUAUUAAAUGCGUGUUUGGUCACCUUAUUUAAAUCGCUGUUUUUAGUGGUCACAGGGCAUCUGCAUAUGGUGCUGUCACUGCCCAAGGUAGUUGGUCUAAAGCACGGUCUUCUUUUUUGAGAAUAUUUAAGGGAAAGUUAAAAUUGGAUUACGGGUACUCAGUUAUACUGACACAGUGCAAAAUCGUAAGCAUGGAAAGUAUUAAUGAGCCACCCGGCCCCAGUUUCGUUAAUGAAACUGAUUUCCAAGCCGAUGCUUUCAGAGACGGCAAGUUACAAUUUAAUAUUCUCCUAUUUUAUACAGUUUUUAACGAACCACUUACAGAUCUGUUCUGUGAAUAUCCAGAAGAUCCAUUUCGUUUCAUUUUUCUCUCCCAGUGUCCAGCUGUAAAACCUAUGUGUAUCAUUGAUAUACCAUUUGAUUCUUCAGUUGUCUUCGAACGUAUUCGUUGCUCUACUGCCGAAUAUCGCGCAAAUAAUACGCUGGAAAUAUUAUCAACAGUUCAGAUGCUUAAGCAAAUUGAAUUCCAAUUGAGAAGUCAAGGACUGCUGCAGUGUACUCUUUCCGCAUUUUAUGUUCCCGACUGCUACUUUAGUGCAAAAAUGGCUCCUUUUCUAAAUGCUUUACCGCGGAUGUUUCCACGGCUAAGGGUGGUUGCAGUUGAUGCUUCAGAACAUAGCAAGUUAUACACUCGAUAUGGAAUAGUCGCUACACCCACUAUUAUUCUUUGGAUAAACGGAAUUCCCAUAGCUAGAAUGGACGAGGCGCCAUUUUCUCUUGAGUCUUUUAGAGUUUUUCUAGAAAAUCGAACUGAUCUGGAAGGAAUUCGCGCAGUGAACCUUGAAGAGGGCGACAGAAGAGGACCACUACUAUGUACGUUUGUGCUUUUGAAUAAUUUCUCAUGCUUAAUUUUUAUUAUGUUUAUUUGGAAGUGUGUGCAUUAA